AUGACUGAUUUUAUACAAUUAAACAUACCGGUUAUGGUUUUGAAUGAAAAAGCAAUGAAAUUUACAUGCUCACAAAGUGUUUGUAUCAGUUGUUUGCAACAAAACGUUUCAUUCGUUCAACUAUCAACUUGUAAACAUGCAAAUAUUUUAGAGUUUAUUUUCAAAUUCAAGGAAGAAUAUCAAAGCUCAGUGAUAUGUCAAAAAUGUCACCAUUUUCUUAAGAAGAUAGAAUUAUUUAAGCUGCAAGUUCAAGAAAGCCUUACUAUACUUAACAGCCAGGCUCAGAUCAAUAAGCCAUCGAGAAAAACAUUGCAUGAUCUUCGAAUUUCGAAAACAGAAAGCGCUGAUAUAAUUUUUAAAAAUGAACCUUCCGAACAAGAAACGUACGCCAAUCCACCGCAAGAGCACUAUAGCGAAAUAACAACUGAAGUGAAAGUUGAACACGACAGUUAUUCGGAUUUCGAAACUGACGCUCCACUAUCAGAGAUAAAGAAAGAAAUGAGAAAAGUCAAGAAGAAAAAAGUUAAAAGCAAAGAGGUUGUCAAAUCCAAAAAGAGGUCCUUAUCGGAGAAGUAUGAAGGAAAAAUCGCUGUUGUAACGCUGAGUAAGAAGGAAAUGUUAGAAGAGAGAGAAAGAGAUGCAAAAAAAGAUAGUUAUUUGAAGUUGCCCUAUAAGUGUGACAGUUGCAUCACAGGAUUUGACCACGAUUUGACUUUGAAAGAUCAUAAUGAAAAAAGACAUGGUACAAAAAAGGGAGGUUACCUUUGCGAUAUAUGCAAAUCGGUACUCGGCACUGAGUCAUCUUAUAAGGAGCACACAAAAAGACAUUUUAGACGAUACGUGUGUCAGGAUUGCGGCAAACGUAAGAACAAUGUGUAUUCAGUAAUAAAACAUUACAACGAGACACACGGGACUAUAGAUACACAUUUCGUAUGCCAAGACUGCGGAUUUACUACCGAAUCAAACCGCAGCUACCGUUAUCACCGCGACAAACAUAAACAGAAGCUGCAAUGUUCCCUGUGCGAGAGUACGUUUGUUAACAACAACGGGCUCAGGGUCCAUAUGUUGUGA